ACCGCUGUAUGGAAGGACAGUCCCAGAACUGUCAUUAAUAGUCUAUUUUCUGACAGUUCUAUGACAUUCCCUCCAUACAGCGGUUUGAAACACUGUAUGGGAGUGAAUGUCCCAGAACUGUCAGAAAUAAGACUAUUUAUGACAGUUCUGGACUGUCCUUCCAUACAAUGUUUCAACCGCUGUAUGGAAGGACAGUCCCAGAACUGUCAUUAAUAGUUCCUAUUUCUGACAGUUCCAUGACAUUCCCUCCAUAGAACAGCGGUUGAAACAGCUGUAUGGAGUGAUUGUCCCAGAACUGUCAGAAAUAGUCUAUUUCUGACAGUUCUGGGACAUUCACUCCAUACAGCUGUUUC